AUGAAUUUUUUUGGUGGUAAUAAAAAAAAUCCUGAUCAGGAGUUAAAGGACAGUAAAAGAGAGUUAUCUAAAGGUCAAAGAGAAUUAGACAGAGAAUUAAAUAGACUGAAAGGUGUAGAACAGCAAUAUAUUGGACAAAUUAAACAACUUGCAAAACAGGGUAGAACAGAUGAUGCAAAAAGAUUAGCAAAUGAUUUAGUUAAAUUAAGACAACAAAUGGAAAGAUUAAGAAGCACCAAAACCACAAUGUCACAAGUUUCGACUAAAACCACUACAAUUAAAUCAAAUCAAAUUAUGGCAAAAGCAAUGGAAUCUGCUACUAAAGCAAUGACUGUCGCUAAUAGUCAAACUGAUUUAGAAAAAUUACAAAAAACAAUGCAAGAAUAUCAAAAGCAAUCCUAUCGUGCUGACGUUACAGAUGAAAUGUUACAAGAUAUGUUUGAAGAUGACGAAAUAGAUGAAGAAGCAGAUGAUAUAUUGGCCAAGGUUGUAGAUGAAGUUGUACUUAAUAACUACCAGAAAAUGCCUUCAGUUUCAAAUAAAGAUGAUUUGUCAACUGGCGAAGAAGUCACAGACGAAGAAAUCAAUAGAUUAUUGCAAGGCUUAAAAGGCUAA